AUGCUUCUCCAUCUCAAAUACUUGGGCCUUGCCCUCUUCUCCUCCUCAGCUCUCGCCGCGACCAUCCCGCAGGGCACAACUCUAAUCAAUUCAGCGAGCCUUCCCCACACGAACACCAGCCUCAACGGGACCUCCAACAGCGCCUUCGUCUGCACCCGACGCGGCGCUCAGGCGCGCACCGAGCCCAGUUUCUCCCACUGCGCCGGCGUCCUCCGCGCCCUGCCUCUGAACCCGAUCAUCGGUACCUUCUACAACAGCGGCGCCGGCGAUUUCCAACUCCCCUACUUCGAAACAUACAAGACUUGUCAGGUGUUGCUGGAGCUGCCCAGGGCGUCUGCCAAAGUGCGGAGCAGCUGGCUGGCGGUUCAACUGGCGGCGCUGGAGUUGAAUACGGCGUGUGAGGACGUCAGGGCGGCGCCUGGGUUAGGAGGUGCAUACACCUAUGUUGAUAACUCGAACCUUAUGAAGAUUACUUUAAAGGGGGCAGGGGCACCGGUUGGGGACGGGGACGACGGGACGGAUGCGAAUGAGACUUCUUGA